UCGGGCCAACCAAUUCAAGUGCCUUUCCACUAAUAAUUUCGUUAUUUUAUAUGUCUCAGCUCGAGUGAGCUGACACAGUGAAGCGGAACGUCCAGUUGGUUCUCUGCCGGAUCGAUCGAUCGAUCAUUCUCGAAUUCCGCAGGCGAAAGGAAAAAAAAGGGGCGAGCGCGAAGCCAGCUCGGUAGAAGAAGACGACCAUGGCCGCCACCACUCUCACUCUGUCAUCCCCGAACGCGCUCUUCCCCUCCAAGGCGGUUGCCAGAAGCAAGGCGCCCGCUCUCUCUCUGCGGCCAUCGCCGUCUCACGGAUUCAGUAGCUUGAGCUUCAGCCGCAGCUCAUCGUCCUUCAGUUUCAAUCCUCUCAGGGUUUCGAUUGAGCAGAAGGGAAUGGCGAUGAAGAAGAAGCCGGGCAGGGGAGGGGCUGCCGGUGCUGUUUGCUAUGUGGCGGUUCUCAGUCCUCGCAAUCUCCAGUGGGUCUCUGCUGCAUCUACUCUAGUUUUGACGCUUGCUAAGGGGACUGCCAUUCAGAAAUCGUUCCUUGUUCCAUUUUUCGCUAUACAAGCACCUACAAGUAUCAUCUCAUGGAUGAAGAGUGAAUAUGGUGCCUGGGCUGCAUUCUUGGCACUUCUUGUCCGUCUGUUCUUGCAUAUUCCUGGGGAACUGGAGUUGCCAUUCAUGGCAUUGCUACUGGUGAUUGUGGCCCCUCAUCAGGCUAUAGGUUUAAGGGGAACUAAAGAAGGUGCUAUUAUUGCUUUGUUGAUCGCUAUAUAUCUGGCUUUUCAGCACUUUUCGCGAACUGGGUUGCAGAAAGCCUUUGACCAAGGUUCAGUUGUGGCCACAGUAGGCAUCUUUGGCAUCUCAAUUGCGUCCUUCUUAUUCUUGAUCUGAGUGUCAUGUAACACAUAUCGUGCUGUAUCACCACUUGUUGCAAUACAAGUUAAUUAUCGAAUCUUGUGGAAGUAGUAAGGUGUGAAAGUAAGUGUAAGUCGUACAUAUGGAGCUUUCUUUUUCCUGUUUUAUUGGAGGUAUAUCUCGCUGCUUUGACAGAACCAAUGAUGCGGAUAUGUAUAUGUGCAUCUUCAGUGCCUAAUAAUAGUAUAUUUUCACUUUAUUGUUGUCGUUUUG